ACACAAAAAAAAGGAGCGGAAAUGUUGCGCACCGGAUGAUUUAGCGAGUUGGAUCGCCUAUGUUAGAGCGGUUGGAUCAAGCAGUUGGUGUUAAGUGGUGAAAGACAGCCAUGGCUCGCAAGAAAGUCCACCGCCCGAUCGCAGCAAUGGCCAAGAAGGUCCGUGAGUACUUGGCCCUGAAGAAUAAGCCUCGAGACUCUGAGCGCUAUGCGGUGGACUACGAGAAAAUGACUCGUGCUUACACAGGCAAGCUGCUGCCCGUCCUGGCCUGGGAGGAUGUGAGGAACGAGAACCGGCUCUUCACCCUACUCAGCCGGCUGCGCCUCUUUGGCGUUGGGCGGAUGGUCACACGCAAAUCCUGGUUAUGGCAGUAUGACGAACCUUGUUAUUGGGUUAUCACCAAAGUGAAGGUGGAUUACACAGCCGAGAAUAUGGAUCAUGGAAAAGCCUGGGGGUACUUGACGUUCCGAGGCAAAACAGAAAGCGAAGUGAAAGAAAUCGACAAGGCCAUGUAUCAUGACUGGCGCAUGGUACCAAGGCAUGAGGAGGAGGCCUUUAAGAUUUUCACGCCUGUGGAGGAGGAAACGGUUCGCUACGUCCCCUACCCACCGCUGCUGCGGGCCAUGAUCCUCGCUCAGCAGCAGCAGGAUAACCUGAGCACCAAAGAGCCCAUGCUGGACCUGGAGAGGCCUCUUUUCUUCCCAAGAGAGUACUUUGCAAAUCCUAAGAAGCAAGCCGAAGGAACGCCAGUGUGAAGAUUUUACAGAGCAUUGUUUGUUUUUACUAGCUCUUCAUAUUUAUUUCUGAUUUUUCAUUAAAAAAUUACGUUUGGAGGACAUUCACAUUUCUUUUAAUAACAGAGAAUGUAUUUCAAUAAAUGCCGGAGCUCAGAAUCUUU